GAUUUUAUUAAAGUUAGUAAAACUACAAUUUAAAUAGACUGUUUAUCGAGCUGCAAAAUUACUGUGAAAUUAAACUUGCAAUGGAAAAUAAAUAUACAAGACGAAGGAGUUCAAUAAAAAAAGAGUUUACACAGAAGGAAUUGGAAGAUCUUAAAACAGCUUUUCAAUUAUUGGAUAGAAAUCAAGAUGGAAAGGUUACUUCAAGAGAGUUUAGAAUAAUGUUAUUAAAUUUAGGAAUUGAAAUAAAAGAAGAUGUAGUGGAGGAAAUCCUAAGAAAUAUUAGCCAUGCAGGAAAGGAACUUAUAGACGAAUCAGAUUUUUUAAAUUUUGUUAGACAAAUACAAAAUUUAUGCCCAGAGCUUAAUAAAGAUGAUCAUCAAGACGAUUUAUUGGCAGCAUUUCAGGUCUUUGAUAUAGAUAACGAUGGAUAUAUAAAAAGAGAUGAGCUUAAAAUUGCCAUGGAAAUGAUCGGAGAACCUGUUACUGAAGAACAAAUUUCAAAUUUUAUUGUUAUGACGGGUACCGAUGAAGAAGGUAAAAUUAGUUAUGAGGGAUUUUUAAAACUUCUUACAUGACCGUUUAUAAUUUAAUGGAAAAUUGUCAUUGUAAAUAAACAAACAAUGGGUGGUUUACAUACAAUACACUAGACUGUAAAGUUGGAAGGUAUUUAAAGUCUCUAACAAUUUUGCUAUAUGGUGUUAUCAUUACUUUAGCAUUAAAAUAAUUAUUAUAUUUAUAAAGUUAAUGUUAAAAUUUUUAAUCUCAUCAUGAGAUUCUCAU